GGUUUGUCAUCACCUGCACUUUCAUGCGCGGAGAUGUUCCCUCGAAGCACAUGCAGAUAACCUAGCCUGCCGACAAUCUCAACUCAUAUACCACCACCAAUUCCCCUUCUCCACACACACACGCCCCCGAUACGCAUUCCCAUCGACCACCAUGGCGCCCUCCGUGCUCAUCGACAACACGCCCGACUUUGAUAUGACUGAUGACUUCGUUGCCCCCGUCAAGCAGACCAAUGCCUCCUCGAACAACCGAACGCUCCUUCUUGCCCCACCUUCCGUCGCCUCGCACCCUUCCGCUCUGACAGAAGUGGCCGAGGCAUAUGACCGCUCACAGACAGACAUUCAGAUGCUGGAUCGGCUGGCAGUCGGCUUGGUGUCACUUCCUGCGACCACAUACGAUGUUGUACUCCUACUCUCAGACGCUGGCUCAUCCAAUGAGGGCGCAAAUCUACUGGACCGCGCAGUCAUGCAGCGGAUAGUGGACAGCUUGAAGCCAGGCGGCCGCUUGAAGAGUCAAGAUGGACAAUUGGGCGCCGUGCAGAGUUCGGAGAAGACAGAGGCUAUUUUGGCAGGCUUAAUGGAUGGAAAUGGUGAUGGAAUGGUGAAACCAGACAGUACUGCCUCCACGCAGACUGUGAAAUUGAGCUUUGGCAAAAAGAAGAAGGCCGAUGCAGCGGCAGUACCUGCGAAUGAGCUAGAGGCUGCCAACAUGGGCGAUGUCGAGGUGCAGCACACCAAUGGCAACGGCGCCGCGCCCGCUGUCAAGUCCACGCCUGCAGGUGUUGGCUUCAUUGAGAACGAAGCCGAUUGGGACAGCGCAGAGGACGAAUUUCCAGACGACGACGAAUUGGAGCGGGCCGGAAAAAUUGAUCCUGAUACGCUGUUGACCGAGGAGGACAGACAGAAGCCGCUAAACAUUCCCGAGGCUUGCAAGCCGGAUGGAACGAAGAGAAGGCGAGCAUGCAAAGACUGCACGUGCGGUCUCGCUGAGCGCAUUGCCGCAGAGGACAAAGCCAAGCGCGCCGAAGCAGACAAGAACUUGCAAAAGUUGAACGUGGCCGCACCAACACUUGCUGCCGAUGACUUGACCGAAGUCGACUUCACUGUUCAAGGCAAGGUGGGCUCGUGCGGCAACUGUGCUCUCGGCGAUGCCUUCCGCUGUGAUGGAUGUCCUUAUAUUGGUCUACCCGCAUUCAAGCCGGGCGAGGAAGUGCGAUUGCUGAACAAUGUUGUUCAAUUGUAAAGCGAUGUCGAUGGCAAUGGUUGAUGGGAUCAGCGAGGCGUUGGGUGCAUGCGAAUCGGACAAAUGAUUGGCAUAGACGGCGAUACAAUUGCACAAUACCCAUCCGAACGGAAAGAGGACGCAUGUGGACGAGGGUCAAUGGCGUCUGAGAUUCAUGAGUAAGCAUUUUAUUUUACACCACUAGAACUUUACAAAUGGCAGAUCUUACCACGCUAUCACAGAGGUCGACUCGGCGCUUCAUUGGUCCUCGCGGAUAAACCGAGCCCCAGUUGGCUCUCCGAGCCCCAGCUGCUCCAUCAAAUUCAAUCAAUAUUCCAUCAAAACGGAAUGUUACGUUCGAGGGACACUGCGCCUCUCUGGCACUCGCCUACCGGCUCGCGCUCGUUCGUUGCCUAAAAGAAAUAAUGCUAUCUUUUUAAGGGG